AAAACCGACAAUGAGUUCUUCACUGCCUCCAUUAGAGCCAACUUCGAGAAUUCAAUAGUCUUCACUGUCAACGACGUUCACUCCUGUUGCCAUCGUUGUUUACGAUGGAUCCAUGUCCGUUCGUUCGUUUGAUAGUCGAAUCAUUAGCUUUGAAACUCCCGCAGCCCACGAAACCAGCCGGUGCCGGCGUUUACCCGAAGACGACGCCGUGUUUCUGCAAGCUGAGGCUCAAGAACUUCCCGUCCCAAACAGCUUUGAUGCCCCUCAGCAACGGCGCCGGUGAUUCGCCGCCUGAAUCGUCCACCUCCGCAGCCGGCUUCCACCUUGAUGCCCAAAUGAUCCGCCGUCUCUCCGGGAAGCCCUUGACUCUCUGUGUCGAAGUCUACACCGGCCGCGUGGGUCGAACCUGCGGCGUCAGUAGUGGGAAGCUGGUGGGUUCGGUUCAGGUUAACGUCGACUUGGGUGUGUCGCAAACCAGACCGGCGGUGUUCCAAGAUGGGUGGAUGAAAGUCGGCAACGAUCAGGACAAACCCACCGCUAAGCUUCAUUUAAUGGUCAGAGCCGAACCCGAUCCCCGGUUCGUUUUCCAGUUCGGCGGAGAACCGGAAUGUAGUCCGGUCGUGUUUCAAAUCCAAGGCAAUAUUAGACAACCGGUUUUCAGUUGCAAGUUUAGCGCCGACCGGUCAAGAUCUCGAUCACUCCCACCGGAUUUUUCCAACAAGAACAGCGGAUGGAUGAGAACAUUAGCAAGAGAAAAGGAGAAGCAACGAAGGGAAAGGAAAGGAUGGAUGAUAAUGAUAUACGACCUAUCGGGAUCUCCUGUCGCGGCCGCCUCGAUGAUCACCCCAUUCGUGCCCUCCCCCGGAACCGAUCGUGUCUCGAGAUCAAACCCCGGGGCAUGGCUAAUACUAAGCCCUCAUGGCUUCUCCGUUAGCAGUUGGAAACCUUGGGGUCGUCUCAAGGCAUGGCGAGAAAGGGGUCCGGUCGAAGGGUUAGGCUAUAAAUUCGAGCUCGUCCCCGAGAGUGGACCUAGUAACGGUAUCCCUAUUGCCGAAGCUACAAUGAGUGUGAAAAAAGGUGGAUUGUUUUGUAUUGACAAGAAAGUAUCGGGACCGAGUUUUUCGACAUCGACAAGUUCGAGAUCACCGGUUAAAGGAUUCGUCAUGGGUUCGACCGUCGAAGGCGAAGGCAAAGUUAGCAAGCCUACGGUACAAGUUGGGAUACAACAUGUCACAUGCAUGGGUGAUGCCGCAUUGUUUAUUGCACUCUCGGCUGCCAUCGAUCUUAGCAUGGAUGCUUGUCGGCUUUUCUCGAGUAAACUAAGGAAGGAGCUUUGCCGUGAUGAACAAGAUUCAUCUUCUUAAUAAAAAUAAACCCUACAAUUUUCACCUUUUGUACUGCAAUGAUAACCAUUUGGUUGGGCUGUUGGUUUGAGCAGAGAGACUGCGUC